GAGAGACAAAUCAAAUUAUUUGGUUGAAAUUUUGCCUUUGAAUGAUUGGGCUGUUCUUCAACCCCGUUCGAAUUUAACAGCCCUUCAUCAUGGCUUCAUCAAACAAGCCCCAUGCCUUCAAUCCUCCAACAGUCCCAGUACCACCUCCCACCUACGACCAGGUCUGCAUCACACCAAUAGUUCCAACCUCCAAACUCAUCACUCUUGCUGGCCAGACUGGCCUUCGUCAAGACCAAACAAUCCCAUCUGAUAUAAAAGAACAAGCCAGAGGUGCCUACGCAGCUGUAAAUAAUUGCUUGAAAGCCGCCGGCGCAACACCGCGCGACAUUAUCCAUGUUAGACACUAUAUCGUGAAGGAGACAGGAAAUCCGGAUCUGGAUAGAUCGGACGUAGUCGACCGGGGCUGGGGAGAGCUGUGGAUAGAGUUCAUGGAUAAGGAAGGUGAAGGUCAUAGACCACCAGAUACGGUAGUGGGAGUCGCGAGUUUGGCCAAGAAGGCAUUGUUGUAUGAAGUUGAGGUUUGGGCAUUGAUCAGUAGCUGAUCAGGAUGUGUUAUAACGCAGCUCAAACAUUGAUAGUAUUUUCAGUUCGCAGAUAAUAGAUGGG